CUGUCAGUAAUACUCAGGUGUCUGGCCGCGUUGAAGACUGUCACGUGGUUUGUGGUGGAGGAAACAGCGCCCCCCUUCCUCCCGCUGUGGCCAGAGGCGGGACUGCAGGCGGAAGUGCUGCACCUGUCGGUUGAGCCGUUGACUCGUCUCCACCUGCACACACCUCCACCUGCGGAGCUCCGGGAAGGUCUACAGGUGCUUCUUCCGACGCGAGGCGCAGUGAGCGGGCUCAUGGACAAACUGAAGCGGGUUCUGAGCGGGCAGGACGGGGGCAGCUCGGAUGGAGCCGGGGUGAUGGAGAGAGCCAAUCAGGCGUCGACGCUGGCCUGGGGGACGAGGAUGAAGGGCUUCGUGAUCUGCUUCAUUCUGGGCGUUUUCUGCUCCAUCCUGGGUACCUGUAUGCUGUGGAUCCCAGGUAUCGGUCUUGCUGUGUUCGCUGUCCUCUACAGUGUGGGAAACAUCUGCGCUUUGGCCAGCACAAUGUUCCUGAUUGGUCCGUUCAGGCAGCUGAAGACCAUGUGUGCUAAAGAGAGAGCGCUCGCCACCGCCAUCAUGCUGGUGUGUCUGGUGUUGACGCUGUGUGCUGCAUUCUGGUGGAAGAAUAACGGCCUCGCUCUGCUGUUCUGUGUGCUGCAGUUUCUGGCAUUCACCUGGUACGGCCUUUCAUACAUCCCUUUUGCCAGGGACGCUGUCACCAAAUUAUGUCAAAUGUGCAUCUGACCAAUCAGGACGCAGGACGCGGUGAGGUGUGUGUCCAAUCAGCACUGGGCUCCUGGGAAACUCUUGAACUGACGAAGGCCUUAAAUAUUUCAACUUAUGAACUCACCACGGAGACCAGCUGACUCCACGUGGUUACCACGGAGACCAGCUGACUCCACGUGGUUACCAUGGAGACCAGCUGACUGUUUCCUGUCUGACCCUUAAUCCACCUUUCUGUGAUCGAGCCACAACGUCCAGUAACAUGAAUAAUGAGACGCCGGGGUCCCUGAACGCCUCACAGAGAAUCAGUCAACUAUACAAUGAGACAACAACACAACACAACAACAACAACACAACUACAACAACAACACAACUACAACACAACAACAACAACACAACUACAACACAACUACAACAACA